AUGUUCUUCCGGGGCGGACUCAGCAUACGGCGCAAUCUGUACACGCGCGUGCUGCUGCUCCUGGUGCUCGGAUUGUUCGUGCUGUUCUACUUCAAAAACCUGACCGGUUCACCGAAUGCCCUCGGUUCCGGGGAACCUCCAAAACCGCUCUCGUUGAUCGCCGUCGACGGUACGCGGGAUGUCAACGGGUUGGCUUUACUAGCGGCUGCGGCCGAAGCCGGUGGGGUCAUGAACAAGGGCAACCUGUUGCAGGCCCAAACCGGCGAAGCUCUGUACGAGCAAAUGGUACGGGCCGACCUCGCCAAGCAGCAGCCCGGACUCGGCAAUAACGGCGAGGGUGUUGAGUUGACCGGCGAUGCAAAGGAGAUCGGCGAAAAGCAGCUGGCCACGAUCGCGCUGAACGAGGAGCUGAGCGAACAUCUCAGUUACAACCGAACACCACCGGAUGGACGACACCCGGCCUGCAAGCGGAAGCAGUACGACCUGGCAAACCUUCCCUCGACGAGCGUUAUCAUUAUCUUCUACAACGAACCAUACUCGGUCCUGCUGCGGACGGUUCACAGUGUGCUGAACACUGCGGACGCAAGGCUCCUGCGCGAGAUCAUUCUCGUCGACGAUGGCAGCACCAACGUGGAGCUGAAGGGAAAGCUCGAUCACUACGUCCGCACGCGGUUGCCGGCGAAGGUGAAGGUGCUUCGGCAACGGCAAAGAGUCGGGUUGAUCAGAGCUCGGUUGGCAGGGGCUCGUCUUGCUAAAGCGGACGUUCUAGUCUUCCUGGAUGCGCACUGUGAGUGCAUGGUGCAGUGGCUGGAACCACUGCUCGAGCGGAUUAAGGAGUCACCCACGAGCGUGCUGGUACCGAUCAUCGAUGUGAUCGAGGCGAAGAACUUCUACUACAGCACCAACGACUACAACGACUUUCAGAUCGGUGGCUUCACGUGGGAUGGACACUUUGAUUGGCAUGAUGUGACGAAACGCGAACGGGAGCGACAGAAGCGCGAAUGCCCAGAGAAGGAUCUCGAGAUUUGCCCCACGUACAGUCCGACGAUGGCGGGUGGAUUGUUUGCGAUCGCGCGUGAUUAUUUCUGGGACACUGGCAGCUACGACGAACAGAUGGAUGGCUGGGGUGGGGAGAACCUUGAGAUGUCUUUCCGGGUGUGGCAGUGCGGAGGUACGCUCGAGACGAUUCCCUGUUCUCGUAUCGGGCACAUUUUCCGGGAUUUCCAUCCGUACUCGUUUCCCAACGAUCGGGAUACGCAUGGUAUCAACACCGUGCGGAUGGCCGUCGUGUGGAUGGAUGAUUACGUGGAGUUGCUGUAUUUGAACCGUCCGGAUCUCAGGGACCACCCGGAGCUAGGCGACGUUACACAUCGGAAGGUGCUGCGUGAAAAGCUCCACUGUAAGAGCUUCGACUGGUACAUGAAGAAUGUGUAUCCGGAGAAGUUCAUCCCCACGAGGAACGUGCGUGCGUUUGGUCGGCUUGCUUCGCAAGCGGAAAAUCUCUGCCUCGACACGCUCCAGCAGAAUGCGGAAAAACCGUGGAACCUUGGUAUCUACACCUGCUUUAAGCCGGAGGUGUCCGCCUCGCAGCUGUUUUCGCUGACGAAGCGCAGCGUGUUGCGUAACGAGCGGAGUUGCGCUACGGUGCAGGCAAGCAAAUCGGAGUCGAAGUUCGUGGUGAUGAUACCGUGCAUUGAUGAUGACGACAUCGAUGACACGUGGGAGUUCACCGAGCACCGGCAGCUGCUGCACAAGCAAUCUGGGCUAUGUCUGGACAGCAGCGACCUGUCGACGAAGAGCUACGUACACGUGGCCACCUGCCAUCCGGGGAUCAAGACACAGAAGUGGGAAUUCCAGCACCAAUAG